CAGGGUUUCGGACUUUGGUCGGGCUCGCAGAGCAAUAGUCUCGAACCGCUCAUCUCACCGUUGUCGAUUACUUUUGGUAAUGUCUCUUCCGAUAUUUACUGUGGAUGCCUUCACCAAGAGUGCGUUUUCUGGAAAUCCCGCAGCGGUUUGCCUCCUGGAGUCGGAAUUGCAAGAUGAUAUUUAUCAGAAAAUUGCAUCAGAAAUGAAUUUGUCUGAAACUGCAUUUAUCAGCAAGUGCCAGCCUCAAGAUGACUUCAGCUCAGGAUCCCAUUUUGGCCUGAGGUGGUUUACUCCAACAAAUGAAGUUGCCCUCUGUGGACAUGCAACGUUGGCAUCUGCUGCAGUGCUGUUUUUUAAAAAAAAAAACUCAAAUUCAUUAUUAACCUUUGAGACCAUGAGUGGAGAGCUGACCGCCCGACUGGAAGGAGACCACAUUAUCCUGAACUUUCCAAGCUACUUGCCUACAGCACAGAAUCCUCGGGAUAUAAAGCAGUUUUUAGAGACCGCCAUUGGUGACCUUGACGCUCAGGAGGUUUGUUACUCUUGUGAAACUAAAAAACUUCUGGUGCGUCUGAGCGAUCAAUAUGACAGGGCCACCUUGGAGAGUUUAAGCCCUGACCCACUUUCUCUGAUGAAGAGUGAAAACACAGGCAAAGUGAAGGGACUGAUCAUCACAUUAAAAGGAAAUCCAUCUCACCCUGGUGGCCACGACUUUUACUCCAGAUACUUUGCCCCAUGGAAUGGCAUUUCAGAGGAUCCAGUAACAGGGUCAGCACAUGCAGUGUUGGGAAGCUACUGGUCUGAGCAGCUGAGGAAGAAGCAAAUGCUCGCUUUUCAGUGCUCGAAACGAGGUGGGGAGCUGCAGCUCACAAUGAGAGACAAUGGACGUAUAGACAUCGGUGGCCAUGCAGUGAUUGUACAGUCGGGAACGCUCACUAUUUAGGUGCAGCAAAUUGGAAGUGUAAGAUUUUCACCAUUUUCUGGAGGAUUCAUUGUUUUCUUCCACAAUAAAGAUAAAAAAACAUUCAA